CGACACCGGUCAGUCCGACAGUACAGUGUGUAGUGCGGUGCCGCCGGGACGCGCGUCCGUCCCCGAGUUAACGUAAAACAUAAAUUAUAAAUUAAAUAAAUCAUUGUGCCUAUUAAAACGACGAACAAUUUGAAUUUUUCGAAUUGCGAAUACUACCCGCGUGUAUAAUAGCACAUCGUGUGUAUAGUGCCGCUCACCGAUUUGACUGGCUGUAUAAUAUUUUUCCGUUUCGUAAUACGCGUCAUUAUGAAAUAUACCUAGUCAAUACCGCUGCAGCAGUUUAUAGCUGCAGUAAUCAUUACACGAAUACUCAACCAUAGUUUGCACACGGCCCAAGUUCGUUGCCGACGGCGGCGAUUGUUUUAUGGUUGAACGAGCAUCCACCACCGUGAGUUCGACAACGUCGAGCGCGUGGGCGCCGGGACACGCGUGGUCCCAGUAUUGCGGCCCGUCUGCUGGUUCCACGCUGGCCGCCCUGAUGCCGUCCGCCCUGCACAGGGGCCCCCUGCGAAUAUCGCCCGUCAAGUCUGAGCCGUACGACAUGGCCGCCGACAUACCGCCGUCUAUAAGUGUCUUGUUGUUAAAUUUUUCAGAACGGCGGCGGCUGAGUCUGUGCGUGGGCUGCGGCGGUGCGAUCAACGACCAAUACAUACUGAAGGUCGCUCCGGACUUGGAGUGGCACGCGGCUUGCCUCAAGUGUGCCGAGUGCCAUCAAUUUUUGGAUGAACAUUGUACCUGUUUCGUGAGGGACGGGAAAACCUAUUGUAAAUUAGAUUAUGUCAGAUUAUUUGGCACCAAAUGUGAUAAGUGCAACCUGAGCUUCGACCGAACCGAACUCGUAAUGAGGGCCAAGACUAAAGUUUAUCACAUGGAGUGCUUCAGGUGCAACGCGUGCAGCAGGCAGCUCAUACCCGGCGACGAGUUCGCGUUGCGCGACGACACGCUGCUGUGCAAACAGGACCACGACCAUCAUCCGGGCGUGAACGGUGGCGGAGGCGGAGGCGGCGGUGGCGGCGGUGGCGGCGGCGGCGGCGGCGGCGGUGGUGGCGCCAAGAGUAAAAUAGCCGCUCAGCUACAGCAGAGUAACGAGAAUAACAACAACAACACUGCGCUGGCCGACCACAACACUAGCAGCACCAACUCGUUGCACCACAACGAAGGGUCGAAUUCCGACUCGUCAGAAUCGGGUUCGAACAAGUGUUCGGGCCGGACCGGAUCGGAUGGUCCGGGCAACAGCCGGCUGGGGUCGGCGGGCAAAGGCUCUUCGGAUGGCAAACCGACCCGCGUCCGGACGGUGCUCAACGAGAAGCAGCUGCACACGUUGCGGACGUGCUACUCGGCCAACCCGCGACCGGACGCCCUCAUGAAGGAACAACUGGUCGAGAUGACCGGACUUAGCCCGCGGGUCAUACGUGUGUGGUUCCAAAAUAAACGGUGCAAGGACAAGAAACGCGCCAUCGCACUCAAACAGCAAAUACAACAAGACAAAGAUGGUAGAAAAAUGGGCUACGGUAGCAUGCAGGGUAUACCAAUGGUAGCGUCGAGCCCGGUGCGGCACGACAGUCCGCUGGGCAUGAACCAGAUCGAUGUGCAGAGUUUCCAGCCACCAUGGAAGGCGCUGUCCGAGUUUGCGUUACAUUCGGACCUCGACCGGGUGGACACAAGUCAACCUCAUUUCCAGCAGCUCGUCAAUCAGAUGCACGGUUACGACAUUCACGGUCCUCCGCCACCCAUGACCAGGUUGGACAUAGACCCGGGUCCCGUGGACAUGAUGCAUCCGGAUUCAACCGACUCGUUCGUCACGUACCUAGAGAGCGACGACAGCCUUCACAAUGACACGUCGAGUCCCUAAUGCCAUCGCCGACACGUCUUCGCCACUGUCACGGGUCCGCAUGACUACCCGUACCUACUUUUCUUGGCACACCUAUUAUAUAUUAUUAUCUUUAAUUUGUUUCUAUAUUUGUUAUACGUAUUUUCUUCAUCCUCUUGUCAUGUUUACCUACCCCGCUCCCCAAUAACGACGUUAUGUAUAAACGCGUGGUGAACCCUUCACCGUCAUAAUAAUUAUAAUAAUAAUGAUAUAAUGAUUAAUGAACAAUAAUAAUAAUAAUGAUAAUUAUAAUAUUGUAAUUAUAAUAUAUAUUAUAUUAUAAAAAUAUAAGAAUGGAGUGUAUAUAUAUAUAUAUAUAUUUAUAUAUUAUAUAUUGUAUUAUAUAUCUUUGUAAACCAAAUAAUCUAAGAAAACGACGAGCAGCCGAGAAAUCUCCGGAUAUCAGCAGCGGUCGUUGCGGGAGGGCUGUCUGUGUUGCUGUCGCGCGCUUCAUUAUUGUGUGUAAUAUUUGUUGUACGUUUCGUGUAAAUAUAAUAUUAUAAUGAAAGAAAUUCAUUAGAUUUUUAUUAAUCAAAAUGUUUAUUUGUUUUUUUUUUGUUUUUGUUCGUUUUUUUUUAAUGUCACUAAUCUUGUUAGUGCGAUUGGCUAAUUUGUUUAUACUUAAACCGAUUAAAAACAUAUUAUGAACAUGAAUUAUUUUCCUUUGGUGUCGAUUCAGUAUUCGUAUAUAAUUAUAUAUGUUCGUAUAUAUAUAUAUAUAUAUAUAUCAUGCAUAAA